UGCGCCAUUUUGGAGGGCAGUUUCUAGGCUGGAUGUGUAUUGUCUGUCAGAGAAAAGAAUGGGUAAAACGUUAUCGCCUGCCGGGCAAUCAUAGGGACACUUUAGGCUAUUUUACUUCAAGAGGGGGGUCUGCCGGUGGCUGUUCCCAACAAUAGGACAUGUGUCCGGCCUCACAGCUACAGGGAAUGACGGUUUUAAUUGUCUAAUGAGGCUCGGAGGCUCUCUGUUCCCCGAGCAGAGGGAAGAGGAUAGCCCUUUUCGGCGAGGGAGAGUCGGGCUUGGAGGGUAGACGGACGGCCGGGUGGGCUGGUUCUCCCCCCACGAAGACACCUGAAAGGAUAUAACCGAGAUAUCUGGGGGAGAAGUGAAAGUGUCCACACAUCGCCUCAGUCAGCCUGAGGUGACACAUUUCACUCAGACGGGAGCACUGGAUGUGAAAGCAGGCGGGCAGAAUGUUCCAGCUCCCUGUCAAUAACCUGGGCAGUCUGCGGAAAGCGAGGAAAAAUGUCAAGAAGGUCCUGGGAGACAUCGGCUUGGAGUUCUGUAGAGAUCACCUAGAGGACUAUAAAGACUUCACUCCUCCAGAGGUGUACAUAAAGCACACUACCUGGGACGAUGUGUGCAUGUGGGAACCAUCACAUACCAAAGUCCAGGACUACAGGUCAAAGCCCUUCUGCUGCUCUGGCUGCCUCUUUUCAUCCAAGUACUUCUCUGCAUACAAGAGCCAUUUCCGCAAUGUCCACAGCGAGGACUUUGAGAACAACAUUCUGCUCAACUGCCCCUACUGCACUUACAAUGGCAACAAAAAGACUCUGGAAACGCACAUCAAACUGUUCCAUAUGCCUAACAGCACCGUGCGGCAGGGCCCCGGUGGAAUGGUGGCGGGAGCCGGCGGGGUCAUGAUGAAGGACGGGAUGCUGAAAAGGACCGGGGACAGCGUGGAACAGGCGGUGUACUAUUGCAAGAAGUGCACCUACAGGGACCCUUUGUACAAUGUGGUGCGAAAGCACAUCUACCGGGAACACUUCCAGCAGGUGGCCCAGCCCUACAUCGCCAAACCAGGAGAGAAGACAAACGCUCAGAACGGAGAGAGUAACAACACAAACAAUGUUAACAGUAACCAGAUACACUGCAAGAAGUGUCUGUUUGUUCCCAGGUACUACGAGGCACUUGUCCAACAUGUCAUCGAGGACCACGAGAGAAUCGGCUACCAGGUGACUGCCAUGAUUGGGCACACCAGCGUGAUAGUCCCCCGUCCCAAACCCAUCAUCAUGAUCCCCCCCAAAACGCAGGGAGAUAAGACCAUCAUCGGGAUGGGCCCUAAAGGUGCAGUAAUGGCCACGACUAGGUCUCCGGGCGCACAGCAGCUGGGUCGCGUUAUCAUCUCAUCAAAGACUGGCUUCACCUCUCAGAGCCUUCUCUCUGGGAUGAAACACGAUGGCGUCAGGUUAAAGAGCGGGGCCACCCAGCCAUUCUCUAUUGGCAGCCAGCAGGUGAGGGUCAGUCUGCCAGGGAACGCCCAGGUUUCUGUGCCCCAACAGUCACAUGCAGCAAAGCAGCUUCUUUCUGGCGGCAGCCUGCGGAGUCCAGUUAUGGUCGGUGCCUCCUCUUCACUCAAAUCCAACCCUCUGGGUUCUCGUGUGCAGGCUGCAGCUACCACUGUCGCCUCCGUCACGGCCAAGAAAAGUGGCUCCUCAGUCCUCGGCACAUCCUACACCCAGAAAUGGAAAAUCUGCACUAUCUGCAACGAGCUCUUCCCUGAGAACGUGUACAGUUCUCAUUUUGAGAAGGAGCACAAAGCAGAGAAGGUGCCCGCUGUAGCCAACUACAUCAUGAAGAUCCACAACUUCACCAGCAAGUGUCUCUACUGCAACCGUUACCUGCCCAGUGACACGCUACUGAACCAUAUGUUGAUCCACGGCCUGUCCUGCCCACACUGCCGGGCGACCUUCAACGACGUGGAGAAGAUGGUGGCCCACAUGCGGCUGUCGCACCCAGACGAGAGCGUCGGCCCACGCACAGAUUCUCCCUUGACCUUUGACCUCACUCUGCAGCAGGGCAAUCCCAAGAAUGUUCAGUUGAUUGUCACUACAUACAACAUGAAAGACGCCCCUGAGGAGUCAGUGGCGUUUCACGCUCAAAACAACAACACCUCUGUGUCAUCAGCCUUGUCUGCCUCUCUCAUGUCAGGCAAGAGGUUACUGCCUCAGCACCCGCCCAAAACACCUGCCGGGGCUGCUGACAGUGCUCCAACCAAGAGUGCUCCACAGGCAUCUGUGCCCUACAAGAGGGACGUGGGCAAGACACUGUGUCCUCUUUGCUUCUCCAUCCUCAAAGGUCCAAUCUCAGACUCACUGGCCCACCACCUGAGAGAGAGGCACCAAGUGAUUCAGACAGUCCACCCUGUAGAAAAGAAACUCACAUACAAGUGUAUUCACUGCUUGGGGGUUUACACUAGUAACAUGACGGCCUCCACCAUCACUCUACACUUGGUGCACUGUCGAGGCGUAGGGAAAUCACAAAAUGGGCAGGACAGCCGGGCAGCUCAUUCUUCUCGGGUCAGCCAGGCCCAGAGCAGCACUCUGAAACGGGCCAGCUUCGAUAGCUCUGACACGAGUGCACCAAAACGAAGGAAGCCCCCCGGGGAAAGGGCCCACCCACGGGACAGCAACGGUCCAUUUGUAGAAGAUCCUGAUGAACCUGUAGUUCUGGCUCUCGACCCCAAAGGACAUGAAAACGAGUCAUACGAAUCCAGGAAGGCAUUUCUAACACAGUAUUUUAAUAAAGCGCCAUAUCCCACACGGGGGGAGGUGGAGAAGCUGGCGGGCAGCCUGUGGCUGUGGAAGUCAGACAUCUCCAGCCACUUUGUCAACAAAAGAAGGAAAUGCGUACAGGAGUGUGAAACCCAGAGUGCCAGCGUGCUGCUCGGGUUCAGCAUGCACGAGCUCAGCAAAGUGAGGCACGAGCUGGCAUUCGAUGAGGAUGGCGUGUACGAGGGCAGACAUAGCAAAAGGCGGACAUCUAGGACGCGUAUAGGGCUGUCAGAGCAGGCUCUACAGAGACAUCGGGAGCUUGUAGCUGCUAACGGUGGUGUGGCCCCGCCACGGAAACCAAGCCGGCCUGUGGAAGUUACUAAAGCAACUCCACGUGCCCCCAAUCCCAGCAGAGACCAAACCAAGACAAUCAACAGCACCUUACCACAAAAAAUACCUCUAGACCUCUCAGAGCCCAUCGCCAUCGACUCUGACAGUGACGAGGAAGAGCAGCAGAAGGAUAACAAGGAGCAAGAGGGAGAGGUACAUCUCCAUGGUAACAAACUGCUUCCUGGAACUAAGGAGAAAGUGGAGCCAAGGACAGGGGCCAAAAUCAUCUCGGAUCUAGAUGACAUGUCAGAUGAGGAUGACGACGACGAUGACGAUGAGGAUGAUGAGGAGGACGACGAGGACGAAGAGGCGCACGUAGAGAAUGGCUUCGGGCCCGCAGGAGGACAGGCUGCUAAAGGAAGAGACACUCUCCCCAUCAUUAUUCCCAAGUUUGUACCAUCAUCUGCAAGAAGCAGGAGGGACGGGGCCCAGCUGGGCAAACAGCAGGUCUGACUGAUGAAAUCAAAAAGACUCGCACAGUCAGAGAAACGCUUUAGAUUUGAUCCACGCCAACUAAUCUGCCUCGCCUGAACUGAAGGACACUGCCCGCUUUCAUGGGGUAUCCGUGAAGGAGCGUUAAAAAGAGAACUCAUCUUGAGUGAAAACUCAAAACAAGCCAUCCAAUGACUUUUAAAGGCAGGACUCAACGAGCAGCUAGGAUUGAUGUAAAGAUCUGUGAACAAAGUUUUAACGUUUCUCCCCCGAGCAGGAGGGGAGGUGCAAAGACAACAGUGAAGUCACACCAAACAAAUAGAAAGUUUUUUGCCUUCUAUAUCCUUUAUUACAAUGAGACGAGGAGUUAUUAACAUUGAUUUAGCCACCGAAAUUGUAAGCGUGGCUUGAAAUGAGUUGUUGUGAGGUAAAGCUUUUAAGAUGAUCCGAUAAUCCAUCAUUUUUCAUGUCGUUAUACUGAGAUGGGUAGUGUAAAUUUGUACAGUCUUUUAGACAUGUUUGGACAGACGUUGCCGUACAUGUACUCUUAAAUAUUUGCUAUUACCUGUGUGUAAGGUAGCCUCAUAUGUUCUACAUUGGUAUGCUUAACGAUAGUUGUCGCUUUGGUGGCUGGUAUUUUCUCGUAUGUU